CUGUAUAUCACUUAUAUAUUAGUUACAUAAACAAAAAUGUUUGGUCUCUAAUAGGAAUGCAGUCCCAUCCACCCACUCUCUCUCUCUCUCUCUCUCUCUCUCUCUCUCAAAAGAAAAAAAAACUUUGUCUGGUCUGGACAGACAAGGUUUUGGAGCAAGAUGAAUCUUGCUUUGAAGUGUAGUUUGUGAGAUGUACUUUGAGUGGACUUCACAGAAGAUUGUGACGGAUAUCUUUCUGUGCUGGAUUAGAUUUAGAUCACUCUUCUGCUCAUGGAAAGAAACCCACAGACAGAAUAAAUCAGCAGGCCAAUCUUUUAGCAAUAAAGAUCUCUUUACACUUACAGAUUCAUCUGUCUAGAAGAGGCUCAUACAUAUGCUCAGAGCUCAACAUCCGUUUGCACCACUGGCGUUUUCCCAUUGUGCUUCUGUGUAAAACAGCAGCAUAUGGGAGUCGGACAAAGCGUCAUUGGAUCCGAUUUCAAGGAUAGACCUUUCCAUACCAGUGCUAGUGUUACCACAUUUGUCUAGGCAUCAUAAAGGGAUAGAAGAAUGAUUGUUCUGUGACCACAAGUUUUCCAUGUGACACAUGUGCAUCAUCUCAUUUGUCCAUUUCUGUCUAUUCUUACACUCUUGAGUCAGGGGCUGUGGGACACCCCCAGCCCUGACCCACGAGGCCGCAGGUUAAGAGAUCCAUUCCUGGAUGCUGUUUGGCAGGAGGCCCACCAUCAAUGUGCACCUGUUUGACCUCCAGAUCAAAUCUGAAGGUGUGAGAGUGGGAGGAGAGGUGAGAUGGAGUCAGAGGAGACAGAAGGACGCACUUUAGUGCAGGUGAUCAGUGAGAAGUACAGCCCGGAAAACUUCCCAUACUGCCGUGGGCCAGGAGUUGGAGUGGUGAUCCGGUCGAGUCCCCAGGGUUCACCUGUCAAAGAUCGUCUGAAUCUGCCCAGCAUUCUGGUUCUGGAUGGUUGUGGAAUCACGGAGGCCGGAGAUGAGGAGGAGGUGGCCACUUUCUGUGCUCACGUGGUUGAGCUAGACCUCUCUCACAACCAGUUAAAAGACUGGGGAGAGAUAAGCAAGAUCCUGUGUAACAUCCCUAACCUAGACUUUCUCAAUCUGAGUAUGAAUCCACUGAGAGGGUCGAAUCUAGAGCCUGGAGCUGCUGAAGCGUUCUCAGGCCUCCGCCGCCUCGUGCUCAAUAACACGCAUGUCACCUGGGACAUGGUGCAUGCACUUACACGAGAGAUCCCUGAGCUGGAGGAAUUGUUUUUGUGUCUGAACGAGUAUGAGAGCGUGAGUGUGUCAUCUACGCUGUGCCUGUCCCUGCGCCUGCUGCAUAUCACAGAUAACCAGCUGCAGGAUUGGGCGGAGGUGCGCAAGCUGGGCCUCAUGUAUCCAGGCCUGAUGUCUCUUAUCCUGGCAAACAACUCCCUCUCGUCUAUCCACGAGCCUGAGGACUCCCUACAGAGACUUUUUCCCAACCUGCGCAGCAUCAACCUACACAACUCAGGUUUAAGUCACUGGGAGGACAUUGAGAAAUUGAAUUUCUUCCCAAAGCUUCAAGAAGUCAGACUGAUGGGUAUUCCAUUACUGCAGCCCUACACUGAUCAGGAGAGACGUUGUCUCAUGGUAGCACAUUUGCCUCACGUGACUGUAUUGAACGGCAGUGUUGUCACUGAUGGAGAAAGAGAGGAUGCAGAGCGCUUUUUCAUCCGCUACCACCUGGACUGCCCUGAGGAUGAGCUACCCCAAAGGUAUCACACUUUGGUAGCACGCUAUGGCCGCCUAGCCCCACUUGCAGAGGUGGAUUUGCGCCCUCUCUGCCAUGUCCAGGUAGAGGUGCGUUUUGGGCACCAGGCAGAACCCCUAGAGCUCAGAUUGGAUCAGACAGUGGCAGACCUAAAGAAGCAGUUGAGGGCCGUGGUCCAGCUACCUCCAAACAAGAUGCGUGUGUACUAUAUCGACCGGCAGCUUGGCUAUGCACUAGAUCCUCAGGAGAUGAAAUAUGGAGCACGAGCACUUCAUUCCUACAGUAUACGAGAUGGAGAUGAAAUCUUGGUGGUGCCCAAGACACAGUGACAGAAAAGAGAGCAACAACUGAGCACUGUUUGGAAAAAAUGACUGGUUUCCAGAGUUAUUGGAAUACCAUCUUCCAAUUAAGGCAAUGUGAAUUCUGUGAACAGAGCACAAAUGAGCAUGCCUUAUGUUUAGGACAAAGAAAAACUGUCAGUCUGGUUUUCCAGCAUCUUCGAUCUUAUUUUAAAAUGGUCCCUAAAAAGAGACAUUGGAUCAGGAUUAAAAAAGACCUUUUUAACUUCCACUGCUCUGCGGAUGUAUGUAUACAAGACAAAAUAAUGUGUGGACUUUUCUUGUUUUGUGUGUGUGAGACUGCUUCUCAGGAAUUACCCACCACAACCGCAUACAUGCCUCUACUCUAAAGAGUAUUUUACCAUUUAGUAAAGGUGCAGUAUGGAGUAUUUGGUCCUCUAGCAGCUGAGGGGUAAAAGUGCAAGUUACUUGCGGAGGAACAUUAUUUUGGUAAUUAUGUGAGUUGAGCUUCAGCUGGAUAAAUAUGAUGGUUUGAGAGGUACCGGUGUACCGGUGUGCAUUUUAUAAGGGCAAAUGUCAUUAUCAAUAUCAAAGCUAGCCCCCUCCUAAAAAAAAAGAAGGAAUCUAAAAAGACAGAUAUCCAUGUCUUUUCAAUGUCUUUUGAGCAGGUAACUGUCUUCCCCUGUUGUGGAAGAUGAUUCCUUAUAUGGUUUAAUUUUUCAAUGAUUCAUUGAAUUUAUGUUGCUCAUUAGUUUUGGCCAGAUGUCAUGUAGCCACGCAAAGACAAAUUAUGUGAAAGUGACAUUUCCUGCAAAAUCGGAAAGUUCAUAAAUCAUUAUUUUCAACUUACCAUUGUGAAUCGGGGUAACAUCUUCUGACAUCUUGGCUAGAAUUGAAAGAUAUCAAAAUGACUGAAUACUAGUUAAAAAAUAUGUAGGUGCAGACUGUGAAUGCUUAGAGAAGGAGAGACAGGCGCCUUAGGUCUUUUGGCUGCCUGUGCCCUUAACAUAGUGUUAAGGCCAUGAGAUGGGAUGGCGGGAUGGUGGUCUGGCGGGGGGUGGGGGCAUAUAGAAAAUGAACCCUAUACUCCAGCUGUAACACCAGCCACUUCUUUUCUGCUUGAAUUACAACAGGGUCACCUACAAUCCUGAAGCCUUCUAAAGUUUACACACUUUACAUUCACAAAAGCAGCUCCCCCUAUUAUGAUCUCAGACCGACUGCAAUCCCCUAGUCACCUCUCUCACUGGUGGAAAGAGUCUUUGGAUUAUGUAGGUGCCAUACUCUCACUGAUGUUUAAGACAGAUCAUGUGCUGUUGGAUUUUAAAUCUGCAUUUGAUUAUUAUCAUGCCUAUGUUACAGAGAAGGAAAACCCAAGGGGACCAAUAAUAAUGAAAAUUAAGUUAAUUUAAAUUAUAUUGAGUAGAUAUGCUUUUUGUUGGCUUAUUAUUUAAAAUAAAAAAGGAAAUGUGGAACACUGAUAUAUUUAACUUUGACUUUGAUUUUGAUUUUUUUCUUUUAAAUCUUGACAUAUUACAGGUUUAAAGGAAGUUGAAGAUAUUUUUGUUGUCAUUUGUUAAGCAUGAAACGUUAAGGGAAACCAUACACAAAUAACCUCAUUUUGUCUAUUUUAUAGCUUGCGAAUGACUGUCAGUGUAUUCUUUAAAUACCUGUUCCCUUCCCAAAGAGAACAGUUUGUUGAACUUAAACCAUGCCCUUUCUCAAUAUAAAACUAAAUGGGAAAUAUAAAUGUGUUGCACAGAUACAUACUAAUUUUAACAUUCAGUCUUUGUGGACUUAUUUUUUUAACCACAGUCAGCACAUACCAGUCUAUACGUUUAAGGAAUUGGAUUACCAGGGCUUGUCCCAUUCAUUCCCAUACCAUUUCCCUGCAGAAUGGCUCUAAUGUUGGAGUGACUGAUAUAGUAUAGACUCCCUCUCUAGUUACCAAGCUGUCCCUAUGCAACCCUAUCCCAGCAGAAGGUGUUAACAGGGAGCUCAGAAUCCAUUAGGGGUUCAGAUUAGCUAAAGAGGUUAUAUAUAUUAGUGCUAUUGAUGGGGAGAAGAGUCUGCAUGGAUAUUGUUGUCAGAUAUUUAGACAGCUUCGUUUCAGUGUAACCACAUAUGCCACACUGAUGAUCUGUUAUUGUCUUAUCACAGAGAAGUCCAGCUUCUGUUUGCACUCUAAUCUGACUCUGUUAUGCUUAAAAGUUCCAUCACUGUUUCAGUUGUGUCCUAUUGAAAUUGAGCUUGAGUGUCAUAUUUUUGUCCAAAUCCUAUGAUUAUACCAUAUUGUUGCCACAUUUAUUUACUCACUCCCUGUGUAAUUUUACUCUUCACUGAUAAUCGCAAAACCCCAUAAUGCCCCAUUUGGAUAAUAAUCCUGCACUAUGCCAAUGUCUCACUAGAACUGCAUGUUUGCUUUUAUUCUCAUCUACAAACUGUAGUGUGUUCGCUUCCAGCAUCCCCUUUAUCCCAUCUUUCAGCAGUGCCUGUGUCUCUACAAGUUCCUCAUUGCUCAUAUUUUGCUCUUAUUGUGUUGUGGUUGUGGUGAUGACACUUGAUCCUCUCUGUUCUGCUCCCUAAGGACAUCUGGCCUCUAACGCCAAAAUGUUGUUAACAGAGCAGGUGCUGACAUCUUUACUUAUUGCUUGGUCUGUAUAAUGGUGUUUUUCAGAGUGUAAAGAGGGCCAUUGGCUCGUGCCAUGGAUACUAAUUCAGUGUUAAUGAUUAUACGAACACUGACAUGGAAUACCGUUGUAAAAGUGUGUGAUAAGUGUUACGAGUAAUGGUAUUUACCAUUAUGUGAAAUUCUGUUGAAUGCAAUUCUGAAAAAUGUUACAAAUAAAUAGCAGCCAAGGCUUUGCAUGAAA